UGGUGGAACAGUUGCAGUACUUGACCUUAACGAUGAGAUUGGGAACACGCUAAACUUGCCAGGUCCAGGAAAAACAAUUUACAUUCAUUGCGAUGUAUGCAAUGAAAAAGAAAUUGAGGAAUCCAUUGGAAAGGUAGUGAAUACGUUUGGUAGAAUAGAUUGUCUGGUAAACAACGUUGGACGAAAUACUGGUAUAUUCCCGAUAGACGACCUGAAUGUAGAAGGCUUCAGACAAUUGCUGUAUGUAAAUGUUGUCAGCAUGUUUGCAAUGUGUAAGUAUGCACUGCCUCAUCUUCGCAAGGUGAAAGGAAGUGUAGUAAACAUUUCAAGUUUUAGCGGAACAAAUGCACAAGCACUGAUGUCGACAUACUGUUCUUCAAAGGGUGCUGUUAGGUCUUUAUCAAAGGCAUUGGCUAUUGAUGAAUCGAAAUAUGGAGUUAGAGUUAAUAACAUUUGCCCUGGUCCUAUCAAUACUCCAGCACUAGAAGCCUGGUUACAAUCGGACGUAGAGAAACGUGCAAUGGUUGAAAGUUGGGCGCAACUAGGAAGAGUUGGUGAACCAAGAGAAAUAGGCCUAGCAUGUCUAUUUUUAGCAACAGACGCAACUUUCUCGACAGGUGCUGAUAUCAUGUGUACAGGUGGAUGUGAAAUCGGAUAUGGUGUAAAAUCAAACUCUUAAUGAAUAGAAUCAGUGGUAUUGCUAUUAUAUUAAACAAAAAGAAUUUAUAGUGCUGAUUUUUCCGCUUAAACCUUUCUUCUUUGCAUUUGUUUUUCAUUUUAACAUAGAAUCAGUAAAGUGUAUAUCAGUUUA